AUGGAUUUCCUAUCAGCUUAUGAGAAGCUACAAAUUAAGACCGUCCACAUUUUUAGCGGCGAAGAAAUUAAAAUUUUCACGAAUUUCAUCAGAAACUUUCACACUAACACUGCACUGCAUGAAUACCAUGAAGAAUCCUGCUAUAUAAACGAUGAUGAAGCCUUUGAUUCUGAAGAGUAUUUCAAUAAUAUUUUAAACCAAGAUCAACCGAUGCUGGUGAAAGACAUUCUCUAUCCAAAUUCCAGUGAUCCCCUCAUAAAUGACAUCAAGAAGUGCUCCUGCGUGCACGAUGUGUUGAACUUAGUCAACAAGUUUUCCAAUAUCCUUGAUUACACCCAUCAUGCACAGAUUGUGCUUGUGCUCUGGGAUCUGCAAAAGAUGUUCUGUCACAUAAAUACAAUAACAAAUGAAAAACCAGAGAUCAAGGCACUCUUGAAUGAUUAUAUUUGUCAGCUGCUAAAUCAGGAGGAGAUCAAGAGUUUGUUGGAAUCAAUAAAGGAGGAUGAAUUUGAUGAUCCAAAUGUACUUAGUGCUACUCUACUAUAUUUGUAUAAGAUUGGAGUGGAUGUGGGACAUGACACUAUGCAGAAAUUAAUUAGGGAGUUGGAAAGGAAACUUUGUGAAGAUUUUUCUGUGGUUGGAGCCUCUAGGUAUACGCAAACAGUGUUCAGCAAUUACAAUUUAGCCUCAUACUUUUAUUGCAAAAAUCUUAUACCACAUAUUUAUAAUUUUAUUGAUAAGUGUGAUACUGCUGAGGAUAUUAGGUCCAUUUCAAUUUGUUUAAAUAAUCUAAAUAAGAUAGUCACUGAAGAGGUGUUGGAGAAAUAUAAGAAUAAAGUGAGGGGUCUGAUUGAGAAUGGGGUGAUCAACAAGAACGAACAUGUGACUAUCCUGAAAGUCGUGAUGUUUUUGAAUUUUCCACAUUGGAGGUACAGAAAUACAUUGCUGAUCAGCCAGUGCAUCAUGCAGUUGCAGAACCACAUUAAUAUACUGAAUGUGCAUCAAUUAAUUAAUGUUUUCGACGUGUUGCUGAAGAACUAUGAACCAGCGGAGAUUGUGAACGAGACGCAAAGAUGCGCGUUAAAGUUUUUACAUCAAUUGGACAGCGAUCAGACGGGGUCUCUUGAGGUGCGCUUGAAGUUGCUCUCGUGCAUCGCGUCCUUUUCGUUGCCUUCGCAGCGGCUGCAAUUCAUUAAUAUUGUGAAGAAGUUCAUGGAAUACGACAUGUCGGGUCAAAACCUGCUGGACUUUUUUAAGGUGCUAUUUUACAUGAAGAACUCGGAUCCGCUAAUGUGCAAAGCCUAUUGGACGAAACUGCUCAAGGUGAUGGAGCAAAACCUGGAGUUCAAAAACGCAUAUCUGCUUAAGGUUUGCAACAACUACAUCAACUUUCAUCAGAGCACGAACCUGAGGCACGUAAAAUUAGAGAAGCGGCUGAAGCAGUGGUUGGAAGGUGAGAUUGAGCAGGGCAUCAUCAAUUAUAUCCCGGCGAGGUUCGCGAUGCUCUCUUCAUUCGUGUUGGCCUAUGGAAACGACGUUUCCAUUCUUAAUCACGUGGUGAACAAACGGAGCAUCCAGUGGCAGAAAAUCAACGCGGUGGACUGUUAUAAUCUGAGCAAGAGCUUCCAGAUAGGUUUGUAUCAAUCUCAGAACCGACUGCUGCAGUCGCGGUACGUGAACAUCUUUAAUGCUACCAUCGACAAGUGCAUCAAACGUGAUCUGCAGGAGGACGAGAUCAAUAUGAGCAAGCUGCAACUGCUGAUCAAGACGAUGAUGUGUCGGGGAGCUGGUCGCUCCAAACACAUGAUGUCGAAAUUGAUGCAAGCCAAAGUUAACAGCGAAGACAUGUGCUCCAGGAUCAUCAAGUAUAUGUCCUAUGCUCUUCUCUCAUCCAACUUCUUCCUGCCCAACAUUUUGGACGCGAUGGCCGAUUAUGUCUCGGGAUCCAAAAAUUACGUGAUGGCCGUUAACGCCGAAAAGGUCAUGUACCUCUGCUACAAUUGCGGAUAG